UAUCUCCCCCCUUCUCCUCUUCCUCCUCCCUCCUGUUUUCUCUCUCUCAACGCUCUGCCUCUCCAGUAUUUUCUCAGUCGCCGUGAAAGGCAGAGCUCUCUCACACACACACACACACACACACCGGCGUCAGGAUGUCGAUCGUCAGCAUCGUUGCCAGGGAGAUCUUGGACUCCCGUGGAAACCCCACUGUUGAAGUAGACCUUCACACUGAAAAAGGUUUAUUCAGGGCUGCGGUGCCCAGUGGAGCCUCCACAGGGAUCUAUGAGGCUCUGGAGCUUCGAGAUGGCGAUAAGAGUCGAUUCAAGGGCAAAGGUGUUUUGAAGGCAGUUGGGCACAUCAAUGAUACUCUGGCUCCAGCCCUUCUAGCUUCUGGCGUUAGUGUGGUGGAACAGGAACAGUUGGACAACAUGAUGAUCGAGAUGGACGGCACAGAAAACAAAUCUAAGUUCGGGGCCAACGCCAUCCUGGGAGUGUCUCUAGCUAUCUGUAAGGCUGGUGCAGCAGAGAAAGAAGUCCCCCUGUACCGCCACAUAGCCGACCUGGCCGGAAACACAGAGCUGGUGCUGCCAGUUCCUGCCUUUAAUGUGAUAAACGGAGGAUCUCAUGCAGGCAACAAGCUGGCAAUGCAGGAGUUUAUGGUGCUGCCAGUUGGGGCUGAGUCUUUCAAGGAGGCAUUGAGGAUAGGAUCAGAGCUCUACCACACACUGAAGGGGGUCAUUCAGGAGAAAUAUGGCCAGGAUGCCACCAACGUUGGAGAUGAGGGAGGAUUUGCUCCCAACAUCCUGGAGAACAGUGAGGCUCUGGAUCUGCUGCAGACGGCCAUCGAGAAGGCCGGUUUCACAGACAAGGUGGUGGUCGGGAUGGAUGUGGCCGCCUCAGAGUUUUACCGUGAGGGGAAGUAUGACCUGGACUUCAAAUCUCCCCCAGAUCCAGAGCGACACAUCACUGCAGAGGAGCUGGCCGACAUCUACCAGGGCUUUGUCAACAACUACCCAGUGGUGUCCAUUGAGGACCCGUUUGACCAGGAUGACUGGGAAGCCUGGUCCCGCCUGACAGCCCAGGUGGGAAUCCAGGUUGUUGGGGAUGACCUGACGGUGACCAACCCCAAGAGGAUAGAGAAAGCUGCCGAGGAGCGAGCCUGCAACUGCCUGCUGCUCAAAGUGAACCAGAUUGGCUCCGUCACCGAGGCCAUACAGGCGUGUAAGCUGGCUCAGGCGAAUGGUUGGGGUGUGAUGGUGAGCCAUCGCUCUGGUGAGACGGAGGACACCUUCAUUGCCGACCUGGUGGUGGGGCUCUGCACUGGACAGAUUAAGACCGGCGCCCCCUGCAGAUCUGAGCGGCUGGCCAAGUACAACCAGCUCAUGAGGAUUGAGGAGGAGCUCGGUGAUCAGGCUCGCUUUGCAGGCCAUAACUUCAGGAACCCCAGUGCUCUGUGAAACUGACUGACAAAUGACUCUCUCUCUCUCUCUCUCUUUCUCACACACACACACACACACACACACACACACACACACACACACACACACACACACACACACACACACAGAACAAGCCAUGUACAAAGAAAGAUCACACAGAUUCAUGAAAAACACACAAGCAAGAGAUGAAGAAAAGAAAUAAAAAUAACUGAAUAAAUUAUGCACUGAACUUAAAGGUAGGGAGAUGUGCGUGCGCACGCAUGCACGCACGCACACACACACACACACACACACAGCAGAUGCAACAUGUAACGCACAUGCAGGGGAAGAACAUAAACAGCUAAUAUUUAUAAAGCCAGACAUGCACUGUUACUGUAGUUUUAAAGGAAUAGUUUGUGUACAGCCAGAGGACAGACCUGCAAAAAUAAAGAUUUUCACUGAAAACCAGUGAAAAAUUAAUGAGUAAAGAUAUUAGAAAAUAAUGUAAUGAGUGAAGCAUGCAACAGAAAGAGAUGAAAACAAAAGAGGACGAUGCAUUCUUAAAGAAUACAGCAGUUUCAGGGAAGGAGUGAGGCUAAUAACUACACACUGUAAACAGCUGAACACUUACACACUCUCACCUGGACACUCAAGUACCUGCACUCCUCCCACUUGUCCUCUUUUCACUCUCUAUUUCCGUCUUCUUGUUCUCCCUGUCGUGUCCGUCUCUCAGUUCCAGUCACCUCCUUUUCUUCUUGCCCAGAUGGGAUUCUAAUUAUUUGUCCUUUGUCCAUGCUUGAAAUCCUGCCAUGAUACCCUGAGUCCCUUUGUUCCUUCAGUUCCUUCUGAAUGUCUUUAGAAUAGCUGUGUUGAAGAAGAAGAAAGAACUAAACAUACAGAGAACACUUGUCAUUGAAAAUAAUGUGAAAAUAUGUGAAAUAAAAAGAUGGAAAUUUACAAUUUCA